UCGUGGGUCAUAUGCACACACACACACACAUCCAAAGAGCCCUCCUGCACAUGGGAAUGUCUGUGCAGCGUGGGAUGGGGAGAAGAGAGCAAUCAGAUGACAGCACCUCACACACAUAGAGACACAUCCUCCCCCUCCCUCUGUCACUGACCUGCCGUGCCCCGCCCACGUCGAGAAGCGGAUGCACCCCAAACAGACACUCACUGCCCACCCACGUGCAGCACCUCUAUCUCAUCCGCUCGGAAUCGAAAAGACCCGCCCAGCACUGCAUGGCCAUCGCUAUCCCUCAGCCCCACAUAGCCCGCAGGCAAAUUGUCGCUCCGCGUGAACUGAUAGCAGCUGCGGAUGUCGACAGCCGGCCAGCCGUGGCCAAGACCGUCACCCAAACACAGAAGACCACCGAUCACCACAUUCCCACCACCCACACUCCCCUCCCUCCCCGCCACUAUCACAUACUGCAUCUCUCGGCUGAUCUCGAUCUUGGUCGGCUGGGCGAAGUGACCGGCCAGGGAGAAAAGCCACACGUCACAGUAGUACACAUUGGUGUCAGUCGGGUCGUCGGGCAGUCGGAUGCCGGCAUUGAUGAAGGCGCCGAAGGCGUAUUGGUUCUUGCGGAUGAUGAAGGCCAGGCUGGUCUUGUCGCCCACAUACCGCAGCAAAUCGUCGUAGGUUGUGCCGUCACGCGACGCCCUGAUGAACACACACAAACACACACACACACACACACACACAGAGAGAGAGAGAGAGAGAAACAAAAAAAGAGAAAACCGAAUUCACCAUCAUUUUCACAUGGAUGGAUAGUGUGAGUGAGUGUGUGUGUCUGUGUCGGCUGCAUACAUACCGGUAGAUGGACUGCAGCUUCAUGGUGUGGUCGCCCAGCAGCCCCAGCAGGUCGUAGUACUCCUGCCGUGUCAGCGAAGUGCCCUCCGGCGGACUCACCUGACCAGCCACACACACACAUAUGCGACGAUGGCUGCCGAAGUCAUGGCGUCUGUCAGAUUGUUCGCACCGUCUGCAUGCGAAUCGCCAGCAGCGACGCCAUGGCCUCUCGCCGGCCGUGGUUGGGGCGGACGUCCGCCUCCGCAGUCUCCUCCCUGAUCGACCGAUGGACACACAAAGGAGGGGGAAGCCAUGAGGCCAUUCACACCCAUAUAUGUGUCGCCUCCAUGUCUGAGUGUACCUGCAGAUGGCGCACUUGGCAGCACGAAGGCCGUAGGGGUGAUGGCGGAUGAGCCCUCUGACGCACUGCAGACACACACAUGGCGUGCCAUUGUCGCCAACACCCUCUCCAGUGCCCACUCGCUCACCGCCGCACAGAAGGAAUGACCUGAGCAAACAGAAACCGCCAAACACACCACACGGAGCCACACUGAUCAUCGUGUUGGCCUUGUGUGCGGUGUGUGUGCAUUGAUCACCGCAUCUGAGCUGGUCGGGUGCUUUGUCGCCAUGCGAUUGGUAGUCGUCAUCACACACACUGCACUUGGGCAUACUAACACCACCACCACCAGCACCAGCAGCAGAGGCCGCCAUUGCGAUGCGGGACCAAGCUGCACGAACCAAACACACACACACAGGCAUCAAUCCAAGCCGCGGUGGAUGAAUGAAUGGGUCCAUUGAAUCAUCUCACCUGCAGCUGAUGUGCCCUCCGUAUCUGAGCUAUCGCCUCGGUCAGUCAGCUAUGCCCAUCCAUCGGUGCGCCUGAGAUCUGCAGUCAUUGCAGAGCCAGUGUGUGCGGCCGAGAGUGUCUGCAGCCCUCACCUGGCCUGAUGCAGUGGAACCCUCCUGGCUCAGCGGCCCGCCAUCCCACCACACCAGUCGACAGGGCGGCGGUGGGACGGAUGACUCCACUGAUCCGCUAAGCCGUUCUCCCAGCCGAAUGCGCCACACUCACAAUGCGCAGCCGUCCGAAAGGCACACAAAAGGCC